AUGGCGGUGGCCAGAGACGCCGAAGACGAGGAAUUGACCAGAGACGCCGUCAAAGACGAGGAGGUGGUGGAUGGAGACGUCGUUAACGACGUUAACGACGGUGCAGAGGAUGAUGAAGAGAAGGCAGCGUCCCCUUUCCCUUCCCCAUCGGCGGCACCCGGAGCCGCAAGCAGGAGAGGAGGAGGCGCUGAAGCGGGAAGGCAGGAGCGCCGGAUAAAAACAGAUUGGUCUCCAGAAAGGAAGAAGAGCCCCUUGCCAGAUUGGUUAAGAAGGACAUGGGAGUUAGGAAGCAGGAGGAUUCUGUUCACGCUCAAUCUGGAGGAAGAAGCUCCACUGGAGAACAUUGACGUCAUGAAGCUGCACUCAACAGGGCACGGGGUGAAUGGGGAAGAAGCCCCACCGGAGAACAGCAAGGUGAUGAAACUGGGCCUUCUAGGGAGAGGAGAGGUGGUGAAUGGGUGA